AUGAAGACCUCGAAACCGCCAGCAGCUGCAAGCGACGCGGCCCCCAACAGAAGACAGCCUGUGCGACAGACCAGGACAAACCCGCCGAGGUCGUCUGCCACCACAAGCCGAGCGAGCGGCCGCGAUCGCGAUGCUGCCUCGGCCGCCGCGCAGGAGCAGCCCAUCGACAUCUUCCCUGGCGUCACGCACUUUGCCGAUGCAAUCACUGCGCUCCCCAAGGAGCUCGUGAAGCAUUUCACGCUUCUGAAGGAGGUCGAUGCAAAGAUCAACGUCCCCCAGCAGGCUCUUUUCCAGCUCAUCCACACGGCCCUCCGUCAGCCAGUACCCAACACCACACGCUCGCCAUAUGAUGGCACAACUACAGCUCCUCCCAGUGCGCCCGUGUCUGCCCCGAUGACGGCGCAAAACAGCAGCACAGGCAGCAACGCCCUCCUUGCCUCAGCCAACGGGCACCCCCCCACCUCCCACCCCUCGAACAACCCUGCCGAGGCCGGCGACUCCCCUGUUGUGCCUGGCUCGGCCUUUGACCAGAGCAAUCUGCCGCGGCGGCAGCUCUUCCGCAAGGUUGCCAUUGAGAUCAAAGAGAUGCUGGUCGCGCUCGAGGAGAAGAACCACGUCAUCUCGACGGCCAACGAUGCGCUCAACAAGCAGCUCGGCCGGAUCGACGACAUUUGGCCGCACCUGGAAAAGGAGUUUAGCGAGGAGGCCAAAUGGGGGAGCAACACCCAUUGGGCCUACCCGGAGAACCGCGCGGCCAGCCGCGCCACCAACAAUGCCCAGGCUGAGCGCUCCCGCCGCGAGGGCGCCGCGAGCCUUUCGGCAGCUGCGCAGCAGAUUGCCGAGGAAGCCGCUGCGCGCAGCGACGCCCGCAAGCAAGCUGUGGCGGCCCGUCGCAGCCAAAAGACCCAGGCGGCCAACAGCCACCAGGACUCCGACGCGGACGAUCACCAAAAGGCGGAGCCCAGAAAGUCGGGCGGCGGGUCCAAGUCGCGGAAGACGGCGGCCGACGCGUCUACAGCUAGUAUUGGCCUAGGCAUUUCCGGCGCGACGGGCGGCGCCGCAGGAGCGAAUGGCGCUCCCACAUCUGCGCCUAAGCGGCGGAAAGUCGAGAAACCAGCGGCCGCCACCUCGGUGCCAAUGGAGCGUGCUCUGAGCGGCGUCUAUGGCUCGGCGGCAAGCAAUGACAGCAAGGCCAAGACGUCGAGUCCACGCGAAUCACCUGCCCCCGACGGCACCGCGAAAAAGCGCAAAGCGCUGCCCGCCGGCGGAAACGCUGCCAAAAAGAGUCGCAACGGCGCUUCAGCUGCAUCGUCGCCUGUUAUCGGCAACUUCCCGGAUCCUCCGAAGCUUGGCCGCGCCUCCCCAGCCCCUGCCACUACGUCUUCCAGCAGUCUUCUUGCCCCGCCUGCUACCUUUGAAGCCCUCAGCAAGAGCCCGAGCCACGAAGGCGUUGUGAACGGGGAUGCGAGCCCACUGAAUACCGUCAGCCAGCCAACCGAGAAGCGGGCUGAGAAGGCCACAGAGUCUUUUGCAGGCAGCAAAACUGGCGACAGCAAGAGGAGUACCCCCGCUCCUGGUGCGGCCAAGGCCGGUGUGCAGGACAGUGCCGAUGCUACUACGAGCAGCAGCAGCGCAGCUCCUGCGACGAGUGCUGGCGCCAGCAACGGUAGCAACGCUGGCAGCAAUGGUGUCUCUUCUACACCCGUUACGGCACCCGAUGCUGUGCAGUCCCGUGAAAGUAACGCAGUGAAGGCUCCUGCCGAAGCUGCCACUCCCUCGGGCAAGAACGCCCCGGGUGGUUCAUCUCCAAACACAGCAUCCCCAGAGGACCAGAGCGCUGCUCAGCUCAAGGCAGAUGACAGCAAGCGGCGCCCGUCUCCUCUUCCACUGUCGACAGAUGACAAAACGACCAAUGGCGCCAGUGUGUCUGCGUCUGGGUCAGCGUCGGCGUCUGUGGGGCAAGCAAAUGGCUCGCGAACACCUGCAGACAAGCCGAGUCGAGAGUCUGCGACCCCGGCCUCGGGCCCGACACCCAUCCCCGCCCCCGCGCCCGCUUCAAGCACGACGGCCGUCCCUGCGCCGCCCGUCCAAACUGCCAGCCCGUCCAAGGUGGACACCCUCAAGAUCGAGGCAGCGGAGGCGCCCGUGUCCUCUGUGGCCAUGACCCGCACUAGAUCCGCGGGCGGCCAUAGCCACGACCUGAAGAGAGACCGAGACAGAGACGGCGGGGCGUCGUCGGGCGGCGGCAACGCUAAGUCGGACGAGGUGUCUGCAAAGAAGGAGCCGACACCGUCGGGCUCCGUCAUGACGAUCCAGCCGCCCCCAGUCACGACCAAGAGCGGACGUGCAAGCAAGCCGUCCACGCCGGCCCUGGCGACCUUUGCAGAAGCCUCGUCCUCGUCCCGGUCCAGGACAGCACGUGCGAGUGAGCCCGUGUCGUCGAAUGGCAAUGGCAGCAGCAGCAGCGGCACCGUGAAGAGGAGCCACAAGAAGGGCGCGUCUUCGGUCUCGUCACAGGCGGCCCACGGCCAUCACCGGCGCGAAAGCGCGAGCGGUGCAGGCGACGGCAAUAACUCGAUUGGUGUCACGGGCCACGGCCACGGCCACAGCCACAGCCAGAGCCACAGUGGCAGCAGCCGUAGUCACCAGUCUCAGCAGCAACAGGCCGCCCAGCAGAAGCUGCAGCAGCAGCAGCAGCAACAGCAGCAACAACAGCAGCAAAGCGGGCAGGACGACGACGACGACGAUCCGCUGUACUGCUACUGCGAGCGUGUCAGUUUCGGUGAGAUGAUUGCGUGCGAUGCCGACGAUUGCAAGCGCGAGUGGUUCCACCUGGAGUGUGUUGGACUGCGCGUAGCACCAAAACCCAAUGUGAAGUGGUACUGCGAGGACUGCAAGAGGCGGUUAAAGAACGGGGACCGCAAAUCGAACAACCGUUAA